CUUCUGGGGAGUGGUUGUGUGUCUAGGGGUGUUUUGGUGCAGUUUAUUUCAAUAAAAAGGAAACAUAAGGAGGAAGAUACCAAAAGUAGUGAUCGUAAAUCUGUGUCAGAGCACGAAGAAGAAAUGACUGAAUACUGGCUGAUAUCUGCCCCAGGGGAGAAAACUUGCCAACAAACAUUUGAGGCAAUGAAUAACACCACCAGUAAACAGAAUAAUCUUAGCACAAAUUACAAGUUCCACAUUCCAGACUUGAAGGUUGGUACCCUGGACCAGCUGGUAGGCUUGUCAGAUGAUUUGGGCAAGCUGGAUGGAUUUGUUGAACAAGUUACUCGCAAAGUAGCACAGUACCUUGGUGAGGUUCUAGAAGACCAAAGAGACAAGCUGCAAGAGAACUUGAUGGCUAAUAACACCGACCUGCCCAGCUAUCUGACGAGGUUCCAAUGGGACAUCGCCAAGUACCCGAUCAAGCAGUCGCUGCGCAACAUAGCUGAUAUCAUCAGCAAGCAGGUGGGGCAGAUCGAUGCCGAUCUGAAGACCAAAUCGUCGGCGUACAAUAAUCUCAAGGGGAGUUUGCAGAAUUUGGAGAAGAAACAGACGGGGAGUCUUUUAACUCGCAACCUUGCUGAUUUGGUGAAAAAGGAGCAUUUCAUCCUCGACUCUGAAUACUUGCAGACGCUGUUGGUCAUCGUACCCAAGGCGAUGUUCCACGAGUGGAACACCACCUACGAAAAGAUCACCGAUAUGAUAGUGCCCAGAUCCUCGCAGCUGAUCAUCCAGGACAGCGAGUACGGCCUGUUCACGGUAUCACUGUUCAAGAAGGUGGUGGAGGAGUUCAAGCUGCACGCCAGAGAGAAGAAGUUCAUCGUAAGGGACUUCACUUACAACGAGGAGGAGUUGGCCGCCGGCAAGAACGAGAUCACCAAGCUGGUCACGGACAAGAAGAAGCAGUUUGGUCCUCUAGUAAGAUGGCUGAAAGUCAACUUUAGCGAGUGCUUUUGCGCUUGGAUUCACGUCAAGGCGCUGAGAGUUUUCGUCGAGUCAGUGCUAAGAUAUGGUUUACCUGUCAAUUUCCAAGCGAUCCUGAUCCAUCCUAAUAAAAAAUCCAUCAAACGCUUAAGAGACGUCUUGAAUCAACUGUACGGGCAUUUGGACAGUAGCGCAGGCCUACCGGGUUCAAAUGUUGAUAGCGUCGACAUUCCAGGCCUAGGUUUCGGCCAAUCAGAAUACUACCCUUACGUAUACUACAAGUUGAAUGUGGACAUGAUCGAAACAAAGGUGUAAGCUCUGUCGUUCGCGUCAUGUCCAUGAGAUUUUGUGUUUUAGGUCCAAAAAGUUUAAAGCUUGUAUUUGUAACGUACUAUAUAAAAAUUCAAGAUAGUUUUUUUGUCGAAGCACACUGUUCUCCAGUAGGUCUGUCUAGUGAAUGCUGUCUGUAUAUAUAUUUUUACAUGUAAUGGACGGACAAUAUUAGCAAAUAUUUACUACUAUAUUCCGCCAUCAUUUCAGCUGAAACAGUAUUGAUUUUAUUGUACAUAAGGAUGUAUAUACAAAAAGGGAAUAUAAACAAUAAAUGAUUUGCCUUUGAACUAUUUUUAUUAUAAAAUAAAUUCCAUAUUGUAAUAUAGUUUGAAAUUAGUUAUUUAAAUUGUUUCAAAUACGUAAAUGGUGUCAACUGGUAUCUUGUUCAACUGUAAUUGUUAUAUUAAAAAAACAAGUGUUAUUG